GCAGUGCCCACACUUCACUCCAAGAACAAGAUCGUCACAGGAUGGAUGAUGACUUGGUGGCAGCCGAAGCUCUGCAGCUUGAAGAAGUCCUCCGACUCUCAGCUCACUCUUGUAUGACGGCCUGUGCGGUUUGCAGACAGAUGAUCAUAUCGGUGGAAGCAUCAUGGAAGCCUGAAAAUUGUGAUCAUGUCAUCUGCAUUGAUUGCUUUGCCACACACACAACCGAGGCGGUGGCCACCGAGGUGCCCAAGUGCCCAGUUGCUACUUGCAAGUUUCACUUCAAGCCACAGAUUCAUGAAGUUAUGGAUGUAGACGACGAUGAUGUGCUGCGAGAGCUCGGCCAAUGUUCCAGCGGCACGCCGAUCUGUGCAGUUUGCAGGCUGAUAAUCAUAUCACUGGAGGCAUCCUGGAAACCUGAUAACUGUGAUCAUAUCAUCUGCAUUGCCUGCUUCGCCAUACACAUAUCUGAGGGUUCCAAGUGCCCGGUUGCCUUUUGUGGAACUCUGCUCAAGCCAGAGGUCAUUGAUGUCGCUGAUGAUGAUGGUGAUGCAGGCAGCUCGACCUCAGUUAACGUAAUGGACAAAGGUAAAGGCAAGCAACCGUGCAAUGACAUGCUGCAAGAGUUAGGCCAAUCUUCCAGCUCGUGGGGUGCGAUGAUCAUCGACGACUUCUACUGCACCAUCUGCAUGGAGGAAGUGCCGGCCAUAGAGUGUUUCCCCAUCGGCGGGUGCACACACAUAUUCUGCGUCAGCUGCGUGAGGCAGUACAUUGCCGCGAAGGUGGAAGAGAAUGUGCUGUCCAUCGGCUGCCCAGACCCAGGCUGCAAGGACGGCUCGUUGCACCCGGAGGAGUGCCGGGAUGUGAUCCCUACUCCGCUGUUCCAGCGGUGGGGCGCCGCGCUCUGUGACAUGGCAUUUGGGACGCUCAAGUUCUACUGCCCCUUCAAUGAUUGCUCGAAGUUGCUGAUCGAUGACCACCGAGAUGGGGAUGCUGCGAUAACGGAUGUGGAGUGUCCCCAUUGCUCCCGGAUGUUCUGUGCGCAGUGCAAGGUGCCGUGGCACGACGGUGUGGACUGCGCCGAGUUCCAGCGGCUCGGUGAGGACGAGCGUGGCCGCGAGGACCUGCUGCUGAGGAAGGUCGCGCAGAAGAGCAAGUGGCAGAGGUGCCCCAAAUGCAAGAUGUACGUCGAGAGGGUGGAAGGCUGUGUGUACAUCGUCUGCAGGUGCAGCCACCGCUUCUGCUACCUGUGCGGCUCUGCAAUGGUGAAGGGCAACCAUCAUUGCAGCAAGUGCAAGCGCACGUGGUGAUCGGUGAAUGAUCUAAAAGAAGAUAGCCAAUGCUAACUGGGGGUUGCAAGUUUGUGGUGUUGGUACUCGGUGUAAAUUACUGCAUAUUACGGUAUUACUAGUGCUUUAGUUACUAGCAAUUAGUUGGCUCGUGCAGCUCUAAUGUCAUCAAUUUGAACUGAAAUUAGAAGUACUUGCUAGCACUUAUAUGUUUGAGCUAAGUGACAUCACAAGAGUGGGACGACUCGGGCUUGUGACCUUAGGUUAUUAUAGAUGGAACAGCUGAUGAGUUUCUUAGCAAGAAACUAUAUUAGGCUAGCUGCCUAGCUCUUGCUUAGAGUACAACUAAAUUUGUUCCUGCCUGGCUAACACCUUCCAUGUGGAUGACUGAAAUACUUGGUAAUGUCUGUUCCACUUAAUCGGUUUUUCUCAACG